CGCGCGCUCCCGGAAAGGAGAGGUCUCAAAGCAAGAACGGGCGGGCCCAGUUUUUCGGAAGGGAGUAUCAGGGGUGUUUGUGAGCGUCUAGGGCCCGACGGUGCCGAAGAAAGGAAGAGGGCACCAUGGCUGCCCUACUACUGCUGCCCCUGCUACUGCUGCUGCCUCUGCUGCUACUGAAGCUACACCUCUGGACGCAGUUGCGCUGGCUCGCGGCCGACUUGGCCUUCACGGUGCGCGCCCUACGCUGCAAAAGAAGUCUUCAAGCUCGUGCGCUGGCUGCGGCUGCCGCGGACCCAGAAAGUCCCGAGGCGGGCUGCAGCCUGGCCUGGCGCCUCGCGCAACUGGCUCAGCAACGCCCCACGCACACCUUUCUCAUUCACGGCGCAAGGCGCUUUAGUUACGCGGAGGCAGAGCGUGAAAGUAACCGGAUUGCGCGCGCCUUCUUGCGCGCGCGGGCCUGGGACCAGGGACCCGGCGGCGGCAGCAGGGCGGCGGGGCGCUUGUGUGCAGGAGACCCGGCUGCCGGAAGCAGCGCGGCACUUGCUGAAUGUGCAGACGAUGGGUUGGGCAGAGGUGAAGGACCCGUGGUCCCUCUGGCACCUGGGGCGACCGUGGCGCUGCUCCUACCAGCCAGCCCAGAAUUCCUGUGGCUCUGGUUCGGGCUGGCCAAGGCUGGCCUGUGCACGGCCUUUGUGCCCACCGCCCUGCGUCGGGGCCCCCUGCUGCAUUGCCUCCGCAGUUGCAGCGCGCGCGCGCUGGUGCUGGCGCCAGAGUUCCUGGAGUCCCUGAGGCCUGACCUGCCGGCCCUGAGAGCUAUGGGGCUCCACCUGUGGACUACAGGUCCUGAAACCCAUGUUUCGGGAAUCAGAGAUUUUCUGACUGAGGCAGCAGCCGAAGUAGAUGAGCCAGUGCCAGGGUACCUCUCUGCCCCACAGAACAUAACGGACACAUGCUUGUACAUCUUCACCUCUGGUACCACAGGCCUCCCCAAGGCUGCUCGGAUCAGUCACCUGAAGAUCUUACAAUGCCAGGGAUUCUACCAGUUGUGCGGUGUCCACCAGGAGGAUGUGAUCUACCUCGCUCUCCCACUCUACCACAUGUCUGGCUCCCUGUUGGGCAUUGUGGGCUGCAUGGGCAUUGGGGCCACAGUGGUGCUGAAGUCCAAGUUCUCAGCUGGCCAGUUUUGGGAGGACUGCCAGGAGCACAGGGUGACGGUGUUCCAGUACAUCGGGGAGUUGUGCCGAUACCUUGUCAACCAGCCCCCGAGCAAAGCAGAACAUGGCCAUAAGGUCCGGCUGGCAGUGGGCAGUGGGCUGCGCCCAGACACCUGGGCACGUUUUGUGCAGCGCUUUGGACCUCUGCAGGUGCUGGAGACGUAUGGACUGACAGAGGGCAACGUGGCCACUUUCAACUACACAGGACAGCGUGGUGCUGUGGGACGUGCUUCCUGGCUUUACAAGCACAUCUUCCCCUUCUCUUUGAUUCGAUAUGAUGUCACCACAGGGGAGCCUAUUCGGGAUGCCCAGGGGCGCUGUGUGGCCACAACUCCAGGUGAGCCAGGGCUGCUGAUAGCCCCUGUAAACCAGCAGUCCCCAUUCUUGGGCUACGCUGGGGGGUCAGAGCUGACCCAGCGAAAACUGCUAAUGGAUGUCUUCCGGCCUGGAGAUGUUUUCUUCAACUCUGGGGACCUGUUGGUCUGCGAUGACCAAGGCUUUCUCCGCUUCCAUGAUCGUACUGGAGACACCUUCAGGUGGAAAGGGGAGAAUGUAGCCACAACUGAGGUGGCAGAAGUCUUCGAGGCCCUGGAUUUUCUUCAGGAGGUGAAUGUCUACGGAGUCACUGUGCCAGGGCAGGAAGGCAGGGCUGGAAUGGCAGCCCUGGUUCUGCGUCCCCCGCAUGCUUUAGACCUCGUGCAGCUCUACACCCAUGUUUCUGAGAACUUGCCCCCUUAUGCCUGGCCUCGGUUCCUAAGGCUUCAGGAAUCUUUGGCUACUACUGAGACCUUCAAACAGCAGAAGGUUCGAAUGGCAAAUGAGGGCUUUAAUCCGAGCGUACUCUCUGACCCACUCUACAUUCUGGACCAGGUUGUAGGUGCCUAUCUGCCCCUCACCCCAGCACGGUACAAUGCCCUCCUCACUGGGGACCUUCGAAUCUGAGACCUUCCGUGCCCGAGGCACCUGAGGGACUCUCAGGGGUGCUAGCCAUUAUGAGUGUACCAGGGGCUGUCAGGGAUCUUUUUUAUAUUGGCUUAUUGUCAUUUUGUAAUAAAUGGGACCAGAGCCAAUGUGACUUUUUCUUUCUGA